AUAUUUGGGACAUUGGGGACAUUUGGGGCCGUCAGGGGCCAGGAGAGACUCAAGGUGGCGCUGCGCUCCCUCCCCGAGGAGGCCGUGAAGGAGGCGCUGGAGUACAAGGUGCUGCAGUCGCAGUUCUCGCUGCUCUACCACGAGAGCCUGCAGGUGAAGACGCAGCUGGACGAGGCGCGGGCGCUGCUGCUGGCCACCAAGAACAGCCACCUGCGCCACAUCGAGCACAUGGAGAGCGACGAGCUGGGCGUGCAGAAGCGCCUGCGCACCGAGGUGAUCCAGCUCGAGGACACGCUGGCCCAGGUGCGCAAGGAGUACGAGAUGCUGCGCAUCGAGUUCGAGCAGAACCUGGCGGCCAACGAGCAGGCAGGCCCCAUUAACCGCGAGAUGCGGCACCUGAUCAGCUCCCUGCAGAACCACAACCACCAGCUCAAGGGCGACGUGCAGCGCUACAAGCGCAAACUGCGCGAGGUGCAGGCCGAGAUCAACAAGCUCCGCCUCCAGGCCAGCGGGGCCCCGCCCCCGCCCACCCCGGCCCCGCCCCCACCCCCUCCCCCUUCCUCCUCCAGCUCCUCCUCCUCCUCCUCAGGCCCCGCCCCCUCCUCGAGCUCCGCCCCUCCCCCGGAGGAAACCCCGCCCCCCACCCCUGCCGCUCCCCCCUCUGAUGACAAAGAGGGCGUGGCCUCCUCCGGCCCCGCCCCCUCCCAGGACCCUCCCCCCAAACCCGCCCCUCCCCCGCCCAAGGAGGAAGAGGAGGAGCCCCCGGGCCCCUCCCCCACCCCUAACCCCGCCCCCCAGGCUCCCCAAGCCCCGCCCCCUCCCAGGCCGCCGGCCCCGCCCCCUCCCAGGCCCCGCCCCGAGCGGGGGGGUGGGGGGAGGGGCGCGGGGGGAGGGCGGGAGCGGCCCAAGGGCGGGGCCGAGGAGGGCAAGAAGAAGGACUCGGAGGUGCUGAAGCAGCUGAGGGCGGAGCUCAAGAAGGCGCAGGAGAACCAGAAGGAGAUGAAGCUGCUGCUGGACAUGUACAAAUCGGCGCCCAAAGAGCAGCGCGACAAGGUGACGCUCAUGGCCGCCGAGAGGAAGAGCAAGGCCGAGCUGGAGGAGCUGCGGGGGCGCUGGCGGGAGCUGGAGGAGCGCGAGCGCCGCGAGAGCAAGAAGCUGGCGGACGAGGAGGCGCUGCGGCGGCUGCGGCUCAGCGAGGAGCAGAUCGAGCACCUGCAGAGGCGGCUGGCGGCCACCAAACAGGAGGAGGAGGCGCUGCUGUCGGAGAUGGACGUGACGGGCCAGGCCUUCGAGGACAUGCAGGAGCAGAACCUGCGGCUGCUGCAGCAGCUGCGCGAGAAGGACGACGCCAACUUCAAGCUGAUGUCGGAGCGCAUCAAGGCCAACCAGAUCCACAAGCUGCUGCGCGAGGAGAAGGACGAGCUGGCCGAGCAGGUGCUGGCCCUCAAGGCCCAGGUGGAGGCGCAGCUGCAGGUGGUGCAGAAGCUGGAGGAGAAGGAGCGGGGGCUGCAGAGCGCCCUCGGGGCCGUGGAGAAGGAGCUGAGCCUGCGCUCGCAGGCGCUCGAGCUGCACAAGAGGAAGGCGGUGGAGGCGGCCCAGCUGGCCGAGGACCUGCGGGCGCAGGGCGAGCACGUGCAGGCGCGGCUGCGGGAGCUGCAGGCCUGCGCCGCCGAGAACCGCGCCGCCAAGGACAAGGAGGCGCUGAGCCUCAAGAGAGCCCAGGAGGAGCUGUCGCGGCUGCGCCGGAAGCUGGAGAAGCAGCGCAAGGUCGAGGUCUACGCCGACGCCGACCAGAUCCUGCAGGAGGAGAUCAAGGAGUACCGGGCCCGGCUGACGUGCCCGUGCUGCAACGCGCGCAAGAAGGACGCGGUGCUGACCAAGUGCUUCCACGUCUUCUGCUUCGAGUGCGUCAAGAGCCGCUACGACACGCGCCAGAGGAAGUGCCCCAAGUGCAACGCGGCCUUCGGCGCGCACGACUUCCAUCGCGUCUACAUCAGCUGAGCGCCGGCGGUCAUCUGUGGUGACCAGUGGUCAUCUGUGGUCAUCUGCGGUCAUCUGUGGUGACCAGUGGUCAUCUGUGUCCAUCCUUGCUGACCGCAGCCACCAAUGACCAUCCAUGGUCACUCAAUGUCCAUCUUUUGGCGCGCACGACUUCCACCGCGUCUACAUCAGCUGAGCGCCGGCGGUCGUCCUGCGUGACCAGUGGUCAUCUGUGGUCAUCUGUGGUCAUUUAUGGCCAUCCUUGGUGACCACGGCAACCAAUGACCACCCAUGGUCAUCCAACGUCCGUCUUUCGGCGCGCACGACUUCCACUGCGUCUACAUCAGCUGAGCGCCGGCGGUCACCUGUGGUGGCCAGCGGUCAUCUGUGGUCACCUGUGGUCAUCUGCGGUCAUCUGCGGUCAUCUGUGUCCAUCUUUGAUGACAUCGGCCACCAAUGGCCACCCAUGGUCAUCCAUGGUCAACGUCCGUCCUUCGGCACGCACAACUUCCACUGCGUCUGCGUCGGCUGAGCGCUGGUGGUCAUCCUGCAGUGACCAGUGGUCAUCUGUGGUCAUCUGUGGUCAUUUAUGGCCAUCCUUGGUGACCACGGCCACCAAUGACCACCUGUGGUCACCCCAACGUCCAUCCUUCGGUGUGCAUGAUUUCCACCGCGUCUACAUCAGCUGAGCGCCGGCGGUUGUCCCGCGGCGGCCAGCGGUCAUCUGCGGUCAUCUGUGGUCACCUGUGGUCACCUGUGGUCAUCUGCGGUCAUCUGCGGUCAUCUGUGGUCAUCUGCGGUCAUCUGUGGUCAUCUGUGGUCAUCUGUGUCCAUCCUUGGUGACCACGGCAACCAAUGACCACCCCAUGGUCAUCCAACGUCCGUGCUUUCGGCGCGCACAACUUCCACCGCGUCCACAUCAGCUGAGCGCCGGCAGUUGUCCCGCGGUGGCCAGCGGUCAUCUGCGGUCAUCUGUGGUUAUCUGUGGUCAUCUGCGGUCAUCUGUGGUCAGCCAUGGUCAUCUGUGGUCAUCUGUGGUCAUUUAUGGCCAUCCUUGGUGACCACGCCAACCAAUGGCCACCCAGGGUCAUCCAACGUCCAUCUUUCAGCGCG